CUGUACUGAGCAUGCCCUGCGUUAUAAUAGGCUUCCCUCCAAAAUGUCUUAAAUUAAUUAAAAAUCAACCAGGCAUUUUUUUAACUUUUAAACUGCAGUAUAUGAAGGUCAGAGUAUGGGGCAAGGAACUGCAAAGCCGUCACUUCUGGUGCUGCCUGUUGGCAGAGGCAGCUGGCACCCUUAUCUUUGUCUGGGUAGUGCUGGGUGCUUCCUCCCCUGCUGGUCCUAAAGAAGUGCUCCCCUCCCCGCUCCAGCCAGCCCUUGCGGCGGGGCUGGUAGCGGUCAGCUUGGCACACUGCUUUGGGGAGAUCAGUGGUGCCCAAGUCAACCCAGCACUUACAGUGGCCUUCCUGUGCACCCGCAAACUGGAUGCUCUGCAUGCGGCAAGCUAUAUCCUGGCACAAUGCUUGGGUGCCAUCUUAGCAUCAGAGGUCUUCUACCUUGUGUUGCCCACCUCAGCCAUUGGGCAAUUGGUCACCCAGGUCAGCAAUGAGGGGAAUGCUGGACAGGCCUUGGGGAUGGAGGCUUUUUCCACUUUCCAGCUGGCUCUCACCAUCUUCGCUGUGGAAGACCACCGGAAGCGUGAGUCAGGUGAACCUGGAAUCUUGGCCAUUGGCUUCUCUGUAAUAGCGGGAGCACUAGCUGCGGGCACAUUCUCUGGAGGCAGUAUGAACCCAGCCCGGUCACUGGGACCAGCUGUAGUGACAGGAAUCUGGGAGCAUCACUGGGUGUACUGGCUUGGCCCUGUUCUGGGUGCAGUCCUUGCUGGAAUAUCCUACGAAUUCUUCUUUGCUAACAAUGCUUCACGGGAGAAGCUGGUUGCCUGCCUGACCUGCCGUGACAUUGAGAUUGUGGAGGCGGCCAGCGUGUCUCGUUCCUCCCUCUCUGCUCCCACCAAACCGCCUUGCAAGGGAGAACACAGCACUGAGUAGAAGGCGGCAACUUCCGCACUCUUAGGUCUGCCAGGCUUCCUGCUAUCCCAAUGCAACAAAAGUCCCUCAUCAGUGCUUUCUUGCUGCUUUUACCUAGUUGCUAUCUUCCAUAUCUAUAUAUAUUACCACCUGAGCCCUGGCAUUGCACUGGGACUAGGUUCUGAGCCCCUAAAGGUGGCACAGGCUGACAGUUACGGCACUGAGCACUGCCAGGAAUGUUGGGUUCAUUCCCAGCUUAGAGAGCAUGGCAGUCUAAUGGGCUAACACAAGGAAGAGGUGGAAACCAGGAUUCCUGGGUUCUCGUGGGAUAAGAUCCAGUGAACUCAAGCAAGUGAUCCAGGAACUUGGUGUUCUGGUUUCUGUGCCCAGGACUGAUAUAGCAACUAGUGAAGGGUUAGAAACCAAGCCUGCUAGGUUUUAUUCCAUGCUCUGUCACUGGUUUAUUGUGCAGAUGUAGAUUUACUGGCAGAUCUCUCUAAUGAUUUGCAGUAAAUCAGCAUGGAUUUCUGAGUCCCAGUUGUUUAACAAUAGCAGCAACAAAAUGACUCCCCCCAGCCCUUAAAUUAUACUCUGAAGAAAGCUUGGCUUUUGUGUGUGUGGAAGGACUGUGAUCUCUGUUUGUUCUGGUACUAAAAUAUUUCUGAGAUCAGAAGUCCUUAAUUCUAAGUGUAUGUCUUUUGCAACACCCUCUUGUUAGUGGAUCUUGGGGGUUCUAGCAACUACUACUGCUAGAUCUGCAAGCUUGAAGUCUGCCCAUUCCUGCCCAAGGCAAGCUCCUUCCCCAGGCCUCACUGGCCUCACAGUACACCACUCAUUGGAGAACAUCUGGAAAGGACUACUGAGCCUCUUUGUCCUUUUUGCCACAUGGGUGGAGUUUAGGUUUACCAACCCCCUCUUUAAACAAGAUGCACAAUCAAGGGGAGAGUGCAACUGAGCACAG